AUGCCAACUAUCCACACGAAGCCGCGUGGAGCGCAACAUGUCAGCGGGUUACCGAAUGUUGAAAGCGUGCGCAACUUUGAGGAACCACAAUCCGCAAUACCUCAUUCGCCACCAAAGGAUGUUGGAGAUGGCGUUAUACCCCGGAGGACGUAUGGCUGGCAUGAUGAGAAGGAAUCCCCCAGCGCUGCAAUAAUAUCGGACGCGCGCACUACGGGAUCUGAAGUCGAUCGACCACCCGUUCCACCCAAGCCGCUCACGAUAACCAAGGCAUCAGUCGGGGCACCAAAACUGAGCCGUAUAACCAAGUACAAUUCUUGUUCGUCACUGUUUGUCGAGUCCACAAUUACCAAUGCGCAGCUCAAUGAAACAUUGAGAUGUAUUGCCGGCGCUUUGGUGAAGCACAUGAAGCAGAAACACCAAGGAAGGACGAAUGAGUCGCCAGAGAUCUUUUCUGAAGAGCAUCGCCCGCUAUCCAAUCAUAUUCAGUUCCAUCGUAAAAUACCAGAAGAUGAUGAUGUGUAUAAGUUUUUGGAGUGCCUCUUCAACGCUGCAGAACUGACGGCCGAAGUUGGGAUCAUUACUCUGAUUUACGUGGAGAGAAUGCUGAACAACAUGAACCUUCGCAUGACGGCACAGAAUUGGACCCGCAUAAUACUUGGUGGUCUAGUUCUCGCAAGCAAAGUUUGGGAUGACCACGCUGUGUGGAACAUCGACUUUGUGCAGAUCUUUCCUGAUGUGGAUGUUGCGGAUAUGAAUGAGCUUGAGCGCUACUAUCUUGUCGCAUUGGAGUUUAACAUCAACGUGAAGCCAUCAACUUAUGCCCGAUACUACUUCGAGCUUCGAGAAGUUGUCGCCAUGGAAAAGCGGUGGCCAUCGCGACCCCUAAACGUUGAUACCCUGGCGGAGAAACUAGAGCCCCGUCCAAACCGGACACAACAAGUUCAAGAGAUGGAACUUCUCGUUUUCGACGUCAGCAUUAGGCGUAUCACAUGGAUUGGCCGAAAGCACGAAGGCUACGACAAUCAAUUCGACAACAACAUCACCUGGGAGCCUCCCAGCACUCCCAGGCCCCCAUAG